AUUAGGUGUUUGACUAAUCAGUUUGUAUAAAGGUGUGUAUUUAAUACUCUUAUAUCAAGUAAAUGCAAUUAAAAUGUUUUGUUCGGAUGAAAUCGUAGAUAUAGGAUUCGCUACAUAUCCUGGAUCAAACGAACAAUGCCAAUUCCUUUCGGAGCAAAAUUUUGGCGGGACAAGUACUGCAACACUCAGCAGAGGCGUCCAUGUGCACGGACGAACACUUAGCGUAUUCGCAAAUAUUUUGCGGUUUGUCCAAAGCAUUACCUGCUUUUAGCCUGAACUGUAAAUAUAUUUUUUUUUAAUUGUUGCUUGGGCUUUAAUAUUUAAUUUGAAAAGAUGAGUGACACCGAGGAUUACGAGGCGCUGAGACUGAAAAACAUUGCUGAACGAAAUGCAUUUUUGCAAGAUUUUUUAAAAGAUAUCAAAGAAGACACAGAAGAAAUAAAACAGUUGGAAAACACCAGAUUAAGCAUUGUGCAAAAAGAAAACCGGCCUCCAAGAACCCCAAGGUCUGUGACGAGAAGACGAAGAUCUUCUGCCAAUAAGUCUCCAACAUUUACAGGCCCAGUACGUUUGGAAUUUCGCAAAAAGUAUAACACUAGAAGUAAGAAGAGAAAAUUAGAGGAGGGUGAAAAUGAUGAAGAGGAUGACGAAUUGAAAAGUGACCAGGAUAUCAUUGUGCCUAAAAGUCGUUCAAACUUAAAAGUUAUGUUCCCUUGGUCUAGACCUCUUCAAAGGGAUCUUGAUUUGAUGAAAUUUGACUUUAGUGAAGAAGAGGACAAUGACAGUGAAGAGUCUGAUGAAGAAUUGUAUGCCCCUACCAAAAAGAAGCGAAUGCAAAGAGUGACUAAAUCUGCUUAUGAUCCAAGUGCAAUUCCUUCACCUGAUGAAAUUACUCCAAAGAUGUUAAAUAAUAUUGCACAAAAAGCUAGUGGCAAAGUAUAUGAUGCUGUAAAUGGUUCAUCUUGUCAUCAGUGCAGACAGAAAACAAAAGAUACUAAAACUGUAUGCAGAUCUGGCGAAUGCAUUGGAGUUAGAGGACAAUUUUGCGGACCUUGCUUGAGGGGAAGAUAUGGAGAAUCUGCUCUGGAAGCUUUACAAAAUCCUCAUUGGGCUUGUCCACCAUGUCGAGGUUUGUGCAACUGUAGUAUUUGUAGAACAAGAAAUGGUCAAAGACCCACUGGAAUAUUGGCACCGCUUGCAAAAGAAGAAGGAUUUGAGUCAGUUAAAGAUUAUCUGCAAGCUAAUGAUGAUGAUUGACAAGGUGCUAAAUUUAUUAUUUAUUUAUGUUAUGACAAAACGUAUAUUCAGGUUUAUAAUUUUGUUGAUGUCCAAGCAACUUUCUACUUACGAAAUUCAAUUUUAAUUGCAUUUUAGCCUUUUUUAAUGAAAUCAUUGUAAAUAUACGUGCUAGGUGAAAUCGACAUACCAGAAUGUGAUAUAUAUAUAUAGUUGUUAGUAGUUAAGUAUUCAAGUGUUAACAUGUUUGACAUUUUUCUUCUUUUUAUUACGCUCUUUAAUAAUGAGUUAUUGUAAAGUGAAUUCUUGAGUAGCACUCCAUUGUUACAUAUGAAAUAUGAAAUGUUUGUAUUGCAAAGACUAUAUUUAAGUAAUUUUACGUUUUUAUACUCCUUGACAAGCAGGUAUUGUAAUAAAAUAGUAUUAUUCUAAUU